AUGACAGCGAAGAAGAAUCAGACUCUGCAGAAUGGAAGUGCCAAGGAGAACGUGCUGCAGAGGGUUCUGCAGCUGCCGGUGGUGAGCUCGACCUGCGAAAGCCUCCAGCGGACCUACACCAGCACCAAGGAGGCCCACCCGCUCAUGGCCUCCGUGUGCGAGGUCUAUGAGCGGGGCGUGCAGGGUGCCAGUGCCUUGGCCAUGUGGAGCGUGGAGCCCGUGGUGCGCAGCUUGGACCCUCAGUUCGCUGUGGCUAACAACCUGGCUUGCCGGGGCUUGGACCACCUGGAGGAGAAGAUCCCUGCCCUCCAGUACCCCGUCGACAAGCUUGCAUCUGAACUGAAGGGCACCAUCUCCUUCCCACUCCAAAGUGCCAAAAGCACCAUUGGCAACUCUGUGGAUAAAAUCAUGGAGCUGGCGGCCGAGGGCUAUGAAGCCACCAAGAGCACGGUGGAAACAACAGCAAAGUACACAAGGAGGAACUCAGUGAGCCAGAUGGCAGCUGCAGGGGUCGACACGGCCCUGGGAGGGCUGGAGAAGCUGAUGGAGUACCUGCUGCCAGAGGAGGAUGAAGAAGCAGAUCAGAAGACCAAAGAGACGCAUGGGUCAGCAGUAAAGGUCUCCCAGCAGCAGCCCAGCGCUCCCAGCACUCCCAGUGCUCCCAGCACCCUGGGCCGGAUUGGCGUCUUGGUUAGCACCAUCUCCCACCGUGCUUACCAGCAAACAACCCAAAGCCUCCAGCGUGCCAAAGCCAAAGGGCAGGAGCUGGCCACCUGGAUCCCCAUCCUGGUGAGUGCCAAAACCCAUCUGCCAGCCGAGGCGACGCAGGUCCAUGGUGAUGGGCAGAGCACCGCAGCCGGCUGGCUGAGCCGGCGGCAGAGCAAGGUGCCGGAGCAGAAGCAGGAGAAAGCAGGGAAGAAAGACAACCACCACACCAAGGAGGCGGGGGCCGGCCCCGGGCUGGUGGGCAGCGUGGCUCACAACCUGCAAAGCGCCUGCGCCUCCGGCAUCUCCAGCGUGAAGAAGGUCCCGGCCGUGGCCUGGGAUGCAGCAGAGGGGUUGAUCCUCUUCACACCCCGCAGGCUGUCCAAGGCCAUGGAGACAGUGGAUGCUCUCGGGGGGACCCUUGUCAGUGCCCCCAAGCAUCUGCUGGGCACCCUGUACAGCUACGUGCCGCUCCGCAGGCAGUCGGUGAAGGAAGAGGAGGCAGCUGGGGGCAGCAAGCCUGGCCCAGAGACGGAGCAGAAGGAGGAGGAGGCCAAGCCUGCUUCCCCCUCCGCCGAGGAGAAAUCCCAGCUGAGGGGUGACUGGCGGCUGUACCGUGGCCAUCACCCCCUCUCCUUCCUGGGGCUCGAGGACCCCCUUUUCCUGCGGCACAACCUCUACCGCAGCCCUGCCUUCGAGCCCGAGUGCCCCCUCCCGCGGAAAUCCGCCUUCGCUCCCUACAACAGGCGGGUGAGCGAGGGCUCCUACCGCUUCAGCCCCGAGGCCAUGUACAGCCGGGCUUACUACACCAACCUCUACAGCCCUGCCUUCAAGAAAGACUGA